AGUACUAUUAAAUUGAAAUAAUUUAAAUUGAAAAUACAUUUAUUUAAUUGAUGAUAAUAAAUAUGAAAAUACUAUAAUAUAUUAAUAAAAUAUCCUCUUUUUUAUUUUUAUUAUCUGGAAUUAUAGUAAUGUUUAUAAACUAAAUUAAAUUAAGAAUCAUGGCCAUUAUAUAACGAACAUUUAAUGGUUACAUUUUCAAUGGCUAAAGAAAAUAAUAGAGAUCAUGCUAUUGCGGGAGCUAUUAGUGGAUUUCUUACACGUUUCACUUGUCAGCCCUUGGAUGUUGUAAAGAUAAGAUUUCAGUUGCAAGUAGAACCUAUAGGACAAUAUCAUACUAGUAAAUAUCAAUCUGUUUUCCAAGCAUUUUGGUUGAUAUUAAAAGAAGAAGGAAUAUUUGCAUUAUGGAAGGGACAUAUGCCUGCUCAAUUAUUAUCUGUAGUUUAUGGGACAGGACAGUUUUAUUCUUAUAAUGUAAUUAUGGAAUUUUCUGAUAAAUACUCAUAUUUAAAUGAACGGAAAUAUUUAACAAAUUUUAUGGCUGGUGCAAGUGCUGGAAGUAUCGCUACCAUUAUAUCUUUCCCUUUUGAUACUAUUAGAACAAGAUUAAUAGCUCAAUCUUACAAUUGCAAAGUAUAUAAAGGUAUAUUACACUCAUGUAGUACAAUUCUACAUAAAGAAUCACCAAAGGUCUUUUUUUCUGGAAUAUCACCAACUUUAUUACAAAUUGCUCCACAUACUGGUUUACAAUUUUUAUUUUAUAAAUAUCUUGUAGAUAUCUAUAAAAAGUAUUUUAAAGAAACUGAAACAAACUUUUACAAUUCUAUGAUAUCUGGUAGUAUAGCUGGUUUAAUGGCAAAAACCGUUGUAUAUCCAAUGGAUUUAGCACGAAAAAGACUGCAAAUACAAGGUUUUGAAUAUGGUAGAAAAGAAUUUGGUAGAUUUUUUAAAUGCAAAGGUUUGAUAGAUUGUUUAAGAGUAACGAUAAAAGAUGAGGGUGUAAAAGGUUUGUUUAAAGGUUUAUUACCAAGUCAAUUAAAAGCUGCAUUGACGACAGCUUUACAUUUUACUUUUUAUGAACAAGCCUUAUUAAUUUUAAAGAAUAUAUGACAAUAUUGAUUUGAAAAAAUAGAUAACUAAUGUUGUGUAAUAAAAUAUGAAUGAACAUUACUACUGUUACACCGUAACAAUGCACUGAUCAACAACGAUGCUCUCAAGAUUUGAUCUUUAUUUUAUUUAUUAUUUUAAUGGUACAAAUAUAUAAGUUAAUAAAAAAAAAAUUUACGAUCAA